UGACUUUAUGACCACAAAUCCCUCCUACCUUCCUACAUUGACUGUUUUCUCCUUUCCUUCGACACUCCCACUGUAACGACCAUGUCCAGCUCAAUCUCCCCUAAACUCCUUCCCACCCUCUUCGCCUCCCUCGCCCGCACUCCAUCCUGGACCCUCCGCCGAACCCUGAAGAGCGACAACCCCCUCGACAUACACGGCGACCUCCACGGCGAAGCCUCCUUCAGGCCGCUUCCUCCCCCCGCCACCACCACCGACACAACAGCUCAAGCCCAAGCCCAGAUCCUCUACACCGAAUCCGGCUCCCUCCCCGCAACCCUCGGCCCCAACCUCCGCUGGACCAAGUCAUACAUCUGGCGCCUGAGCCCGGAAGGCCGGAUUAGCGUGUGGUUCGUCAAAGUCACCAAGGACGUCGACGCCGAUCCGGAAGCCGACUACCUCUUCCACGAAGUCGAGUUCGAAGACAAGAACAACAACAACAACAACGACAGUCAAACAUAUGUGACUCCUCCCACCCCGCCAGUGGAACGAUCACAGUCACCGUCGACGGUGGUGGUGGUAACGGCCAGGGGCAAUCAUCUCUGCAUCAAGGAUAUGUAUCGCACGGCGUACGCGUUUCGGGUUCGAGCUGAAAGCGGGGAGGUGGUCAGUUGGGCAAGUAGACAUGUCGUCAAGGGGCCGAAGAAGGACCAGGACAUUGUGAAUUUAUACACGGCUGCGGCAUAG